AUGGAGCGGAAGCUUGCAGAUUUCAGGGCUCGGCGACAGGCUAAAAGGGCUUCCGGUCGCGAGCAGGUGGUCGCCACUGUUCCCACAACAAUCGUGGAAGCGCCUUCAAGCCCUCCACUGAAUGAGCAAAAUUCAUCAUUGGGCCCCCCAACAGAGGCCGAUAGCGACUGGAUGUUGGACAGCUCGUGGGGGAGAUGGCUGUCUACAAGAUAUGACCUCUCCAACAUCACCCUGCUCAAAGUCCUGCUCUGGGUGGUCCUGCUCAGCUUUUUCAUUGAGUUGGAGUUCGGCUUGCCCUUCUUCAUCGUCUCCCUCUUCUACUGGCUGUACGAGGGACUGCGUGACCCGGAUGAUCGGGAGCCUGGGGAGAUGAGUGCUUAUUCCGUCUUCAACCCGGACUGUCAACCACUCCUAGGUGCUCUCACCGCGGAGCAGUUGGAGGCGGAGAUGGGCUAUCGCCCCCAUGCAAACAGAUGAAAUGCAUAUAAAUUGCACUUGUAUUUUGACUUGAAUUGUCAUUACAAUGUAUUUAAUGUCAUUAAAUGUGAUUUGUCUAUUGACA